AUGACCACAGAUGAUAAAGUCAUUACUGAGACUUACAUUAAAGCGAAAAAAAUUGGUACAAAGACUGUUAAAGGUUCUUCAACUUAAGGUCUCUGGACAGUGAAACUUUUUGAAAUAGCAAUCAAGACUACACAAAGGACUAUUAAAAUCAUCCCAAAAAAAUGCUUUAAAUUGAGUCUUUCAUUGUAUAAAAAGAAAAAUACAAUAGCAACUGUGAAUGAUGUCAGACAAUAUUAGACCUCGAGCGAUUACACAAAUUAUACAUAUCUACUUAAACCUCAAAGUAGAUUUAUCGUAAAGUUGAGAAUCUUCUUUUAUCCAAAGUUUUCCUUUAUUUUUAUAACUUUAACCUGCAAGAUACAUCUAUAAGAAUAUCGGAGCUGCCAUUAAGCUAAAAAAUUCGGCAAAGGCUAUAGAGCUAGAGUUAUUUCUCAUUCUAAUCCCAUAUGUUACAAAGUAAUUAUGAAUGGCAAAUCCAAAAGCACUUGA